UUGCGAUAUCAGAAUUCUACUCGCAAUUCGAAUCACAGCGAAGCAAUAGCAUCCAUCAUUCCUUCUUGAUUGCCGACUUCAACAACAAGACACUGUUUCUUCUGACUUUGGAUUUAUAAAACUUAGAAAUCUCAGAUACUUUACAAUGUCUUCUUCGAUAAUCUCCACAUUGUCGUUCAUCUCUUCCUUCUUUACUCUGUUGUCUCUCUUUUUCUCAAUCUCUCUACUGCGGCAAAAAGAUGUUGGUAUUCGAGCAGUUGGGUGGUUCCUCAGAAUACCCACCAUUUCUCUUUCAUCUUAUCGUCUAAUGAGCCUUUGGAGAAUUCUGAAUACAGUUAUCGUUAAAUUUGAUAGAGAACGAUGCGCAGCUUACUUGAAGCGGCAUCUCCAGCACCAUUAGUACUUAACCAAGAAAGCUCGCCUAGCCCACCUAGCUCCAACUCUUCAUCUGCCUUAUUUUUCUUCCUGGGAGGCUUGGUUGUGCUUCUAAUUUUGCUGAUUCUUGUAUUCGUCUUUCGGAAGUUCAUCAGACGAACACCAUUGAAAAAGUUGGGAAAGCGUAAAGACAGCAACAAAGGUACAAAAGAUUAUUUCAGUGGAAAUCUUCGGACCAUUAGCCAUUUUAGCUUCCAAGCACUAAAGAAGGCAACUAAGAACUUCCAUGAGUGUAAUCUUCUUGGAAAAGGUGGAUUUGGGCCUGUCUAUUUGGGUACAUUAGAAGAUGGGCUGCUUGUUGCUAUAAAGAAAUUGGCUCUUGACAAAUCACAACAAGGAGAGGCAGAAUUUCUCUCAGAGGUGAAAAUGAUCACAAGCAUACAACACAAGAAUCUUGUUCGACUUCUUGGUUGCUGCUCUGAAGGGCCUCAAAGGCUACUUGUGUAUGAAUACAUGAAGAACAAGAGUUUGGACCUCAUACUUUACGGCAAAAGCGACCAGUAUCUGAAUUGGAAUGCUCGCUUCCAAAUAAUCUUGGGCAUUGCUCGGGGAUUGCAAUACCUACAUGAGGACUCACACCUCCGAAUUGUUCACAGAGAUAUCAAAGCUAGUAACAUUCUUCUUGAUGACAAAUUUCAACCAAGAAUUGGAGAUUUUGGGUUGGCCAGGUUCUUCCCUGAGGACCAAGCUUAUCUUAGCACAACAUUUGCCGGGACACUAGGCUACACGGCCCCUGAGUAUGCAAUUAGAGGAGAAUUAUCCGAAAAGGCUGACAUUUAUAGUUUUGGAGUUCUUGUGCUUGAAAUCAUUAGCUGCAGGAAAAAUACCGAUCUUAUGCUACCAUCAGAAAUGCAAUACCUCCCAGAAUUUGCAUGGAAGCUAUACGAGAGGUCGAAAUUGAUUGAUCUUAUAGAUCCAAGAAUGCGAAAUGCAGGAUUUGUAGAAAAAGAUGUUAUGCAAACAAUUCAUGUGGCUUUACUAUGCCUUCAGGCUCAUGCAAACACAAGGCCACCCAUGUCAGAAGUCGUAGCGAUGUUGACUUGGAAGGUCGAAAUGGUCAAAUCACCGUCAAAACCGACAUUCUUAGAUCGACGACAACGCUGGAAAGACGAGAAAAAUUCUUGGGACACUAUAUCGGCCGAUUUCCCUUCCAAUCAAUCACCUUCAUUGACUCCACCUCCAAAUUCAAGAGAUUUUAAUGCCAGCCAAAGCUUCUCAGGAACAAUGGGGAAAGUUUAG